GUGAAAGCUUUUUUGAUAUAGUACCUUUGUAAAAGAAUGUUUUUUUUACAGAAUACAACUUAGACAAAAUCAUGGUAUUUUUGCAGUUCUUAUUUUGUAAGUUGCCAGGAAAAUCACAAAAUAUUUGAUAGGUGUUUGUGGAUAGAGAAAUCAUCAAUACUGACAAGUUUCAGGAAUGCACAGACCUGGUAAUAGUACACCAUGGCCAGUCAGUUAUUCACUGUGGAACAGAUAGAGCUGAUUCGAAGGCUUCGUAACAGUGGAGUCACGAGGGAGCAGAUUCUCCUGGCUUUUGAUCAGCUUGACAGGUUAGAUGUUGAUUUAGGUCGAAACAACUUAACGUCGAGUCACAGUAAUGUACCUCCUACCUUCUCCCCAUAUCAAGCUAGUGGUAUGCUUUCAGAAGGGUUGGGUUCUAUGUCAGUAGGGCAGCUAUUAAAUGCCAACACUACAAGUAGUUGUCAGCUUGCAGAGUCAAUUUCUCACCUCUCAAAUGGUGUGUCAUCCACUCAUCGACCAGAUGCUGCAGCAUCUUCAUGUAGUUCUAUGCAUCCAUCCACAAAGCCAAUUGAACCAUCUCUUUCAUCACAGUCAUACUCUCAACCACAAGGUAUUAGCACAGUGUCCAGUGAUAACCUCCAUGAUGGGAAUGUCCACCAAAAUGGAGAACUGUCUCCACCAACUCCCGUAUCUUCUGCCUCUUCUGCUUCCAGGCUCCCAAGUGAGCUAACCAUUAUCCCUCUGGCUACGUCUACAGGGAUAUUACAAACAGAACAAAAAACUGUUCAAAGUGGUAUGGGUAGUUAUAGCAGAUCAUCUUCGUCCAUACCUGUCCAGUGUUUAGUUGACCCUCAUGAUCUUUUAGAAAACGAGUGCUCUGAAUUGGAAAAUUUUAAAAAGAAAGAAGUUGAUCCACGAUUGUUAGGGUUAAG